GGCAUUUUAGUUUUAAAUUUGCGACGGUUUGUUGAAAAUCAAGCUAGCGAUCGCGGCGGAAAAAAUCGCUUCGAGUAAAAUAAUUUUCAAAAAAUAUAUAUGCUUAAUUGGGGAUUCAAGUCUGCAUAGAAUAUAAACCAGGUUGCAGGGCUUUUUCAAGUGCGAGUAAAGUGAUAAAAUCAGGAAAUUCUAAAAUAACGACCAGUUUGCUGCCAAAUUUACAUAACCAAAUCGAAAUCGAUCGAAAUGGGCAUUCCGGAUAUCCGACUGCUGGUGACGCUGGAUUUCGAGGUCUAUGGACAUGUACAAGGCCUGAAUCUCACGAAAGACACCCGCGAUCGCUGCACCAAGGCGGGAAUCACUGGCUGGGUGAAGAACAGCAAACAGGGCACCAUUGUGGGCAAGAUGCAGGGGCCCAAGGAGGAGGUGGACAAGAUGAUCACCUGGCUGUCCACUGAGGGCUCACCCGGCUGCCAAAUCGAUCGCUGUGAGGUCCGGAACCAGGGCAAUCUCAGCCGACUGGACUACAAGGACUUUGCCAUUAGGUUUUAGAUGUGGUCCGGUUUGUGUGGCCUUAUAGUUUUGUGUGUUUGUUUUGUGCAUUACUUGGCUAAGUUUGUAAAUACGAGUAAAUAAUAAAGAAUUUAAUCAU